AUGUUUAUAACACCUAUGGAAAACAGCCAUUUUAAAGAUUACACAAUUCCCACUAAUAACUCUCUCAGUUCCAAAUCGGGGCGUAAAUCUCAAUUAACCAAUCCACCAUCAACACUUCUUCCUCCUCUUCCUCCCUUUCCAUCUUCUACCGCUUCUACGCCUGUGAAUCCCUCUUUCCUAAACAAAUGUUCUUACUCCUCUCCAUCCUCUUCUUUUGCUCAUCAUGUACCUGUGAUAUCUAAUCAAUCGGGACAUGUCCAUCACCCUUCCAAUAGUGCCAGAGCAAGCCAAUAUUAUAAACGUUGUGAUAUCUCUGAUUUGCUCAACCCUACGACUGAUGACAAUCAGUUGACUGGCAUAGCCUCGCCCAAUAAUUCUAUCAUGAUCCCUUCAACUUCUGUGUAUGGGGGGCCGUGUCCACCUUUUGUUCCGUCUUCCUCAGGUCCUCCUGGGAACUUCCAUAAUAAUAUAAUAUAUCAUCCUCAAACAAUUGGCACAAUGCCACCAGCGACAAAUGACCCGAUCUUGCAAUCGAGCGAAGACUUGGUGCGGGCUUUCAGAAUCCAGCACCCGUACAUCAACUAUCACCAAUACCCAAUGACACUGGCGCUAUUAGGAGACUCUAUGGUCGACAAAGCUAAAAAGAAAAAAGGAGGGUACCGGUGUUCUGGGACUAAUUGCCGUGAGAAUUGUACGUUCACAAAUAUUUUAGAAUUGGCGAAACAUUUGGAUGAAUUGUGUACGAAAAACGAAUUUAAGUGUGAGAUAGCAAAUUGCCCAUAUCGAUACAUUGGAUUCGGUACUCUGGGGUCACUAAAACGCCAUGGUAAAAUCCAUGAAUCUAAUAGUGAUGUCUUCCAGUGCAGUUAUUGUGAAAGAAGCUUUAAAAAUGUGUUCAACAAACACCGCCAUGAAAAGCAAUUACAUCAUGCCUGA